UCCAGGAUAAUGUAUCCCUCUAUACUGGUAGCCAUGGUAUGCUGGCUGGUUCUGGAUACUGCAAUGUAACAUAUUACACAUGUUUUGCUUAUUUAAAAUGUCCACCUUGCAGAUGUUUCUGUCAUUCACAUAUGCUGGAUCUCAGUUUGUGUUUGGGGAUAGUUACAUAGUCCACUUCUUUGCCUUCAGGGUACACUUGUUAUUUUUGAGCUCUGUCAUCUCCAUCCUCUACUAUCUUGGCUUCAUGCCCUGGCUCAUCAGCAAGAUUGGAUUCAUAAUGCAGGUUUUCAUGGGAACACCCCCAGCAGAGUCAAUGGAUGCAGUUGGAAACAUUUUCCUUGCAAAUACUGAUGCGGCUCUCCUGAUUUGUCCCUACAUUAAAGAGCUAACUGUCUCAGACAUGCACGUUGUGAUGGCGGGAGGCUUUGCCAACAUUUCUGGCACGAUUUUGGGAGCGUUUAUUUCACUUGGGUUGAGGAUAACUUGGUAGAUGCACAUGCUUACAGCAACAUUAAUGUCCGCUCCAGCCUCCCUGGCCAUUGCCAAGAUUUUAUGGCCUGAAAAGGAGAUUUCAAAAUCCAAUCAUGAACUUAAACUGAUCAAAGGAGAGAAUAAAUACAUGGUGGAAGCAGCGUCCCAAGGUGCAUCUUGUGCUGUAGGUGUGGUAGCAAACAUCAUAUCCAAUAUUAUCGCCUUUCCUGGCUGGGUGGGAUGUUUGACUGUCCACAGCUCAGCUUCUCGCUCAUCCGCUCCUAAGUCUUCAUGCCUCUGGCCUUCAUGAUGGGCGUUUCCUGGGAGGACAGUUUCAUCGUUGCCGAGCUGAUUGGCAAAAAGACAUUUCUCAACAAGUUUGUGGUGGCCUAGUGGUUAGAACAGGAGGCUCGCGUUCUGGAGGGGACACAAGGGGCCAGGUUUGUAUCCCUCAGAUUGCCACUCUGGGUCCCUGAGCAAGACCCUUAGAAU